CAUUUUGUUGUAUAUGAUACCAACUGCGUAUCUACGUCCAAAAGUAGUCCCCUGUAAAACACAUGUUGGAUACGUCAAACAACUGUCAAAUGCCUUUAAUGUUUAAACUAGAAAACAAUAAACAAAUUAAGUGUGGUUAGGAAUGAAGUGACGAUUAUUUGAGUAAAACAAUGAAUUCCACAAAUAUUGUAUUUGUAAAUAAGCUGAAAGAAGAUUUUAAUAUAAAUGUCAGCUUGACGGAUGUUGUGUUUACGAAAACUCGUAUAGAACUUUACAAUAAUAACGAAAAUAAACAUUCUUCUUUCGGGGAAAAGUUGUGUUUACUAUAUUUGGCCGAUUUCACGAUAUAUAAUAUACAGUUUUCCAUAAAAAUAUUAACGUUUAAUUAUGAUAAUUCUAAUGAAGUUUUAAAAUUGGAUAUAACCAUUCCAGAUAAAUGGCUGGAGAAAGAGAUGGCAAGCUGUAGGAAUUUUUUGCAACGAAAUAGAAACCUUAAUUUAACUUUUAAUGUCUUAACAGAAUUUGCAAAAUUUUUAGAGGCUCGUAGGCUAAUAUGUGAAGUUGUUUUUACAAAAGAACCCAGAGUGAAUAUUACGAGGGAUGAACAGGGUGGUAUUAAAGUGAAGUGUUUGGACAUUUUGUCAAACAUGUAUUUUGGAACUUAUUGGCGGAUAGAGUGGAAUUUAAAGAAUUUUUCUGUUAUUGAUAUGAUUGAGUUUUACUAUACCAACUUUGAUAAUCGAGGUGGUAUAAAGGAAAAAAUGGAAAAACUUACUCACCCAUCUCUGGACUUUCACAACAAACUUAAAGUAUGGAAGGCUUUAAUGUCAGAAAUACAAAAAUACACAAAAGAAAAAUUGAUGGUAUUACGUUCAGUUAUGAUUAGAAAAAAUCCUUCUGAUGAUGUUUUAAUAAUUUCUGACACAGAAGACGAAGAGGUUACUUCUUCAUCAGGACAUUGGAAAAAAAGAAGAAUAGAUAAUGGAGAAUCUAGCUCCACUUCUAACUCAAAUGUUGUAUAUACUAUACCAGAUUAAUAGAAGCGUUUUUUUUGUAGUUUUUUGUAAAAAAUGGUUCACAAAUUAGUCAAUUUUUAAAGAUUUUAUUUAAGCAAUUGACUAUAAUAAAUAAUUACACCAUCCUGUACCUACCUACAAGUUGUAAAAAACUCAGUGUAAUAUAUUUUGUGAUAAGAGAAUGAAGUUCUAUACCUAUUUAUAUAUACAUUUUGGUGUGAAUUAUUAAUAAAAAAACAGUUAAUACAAAAAACUGCCACUAAAUUUAAUUUUUGAAAGUGC